AUGAUUAGCGUCGUGCAAGCACGUACGAUGCGCGGCUGUCAAAAUCAGUUGAUAGUUUGCAUUGGUAUUGGAGAUGUCAUAAGCGAAUACAAUGUCAUGCACCCGUGCGUCUUGCGACAAAGACACCGCGUAGCGGAUUACAUCGCUCUGAAGCUGAAUAUGGAGAUAUAA